UCUUCUUCCACACAUAAAUUUCACUCUUUAUUUCUUCAUUUUUUUUCUGGUUUCCUGCAAUCAUACAUGAUGAUCCGACAAAGCCCCUUCCUUCUUGGUUUGAUUCAGACUUCCAUAUCAAAGGUUUCUGCAAGAUGUUUGACGGCACAGGCUGCCUCGGCGCUUCAGGAAAAUGAACCUAUGAUCAGACACGAGGAAUAUGCUGCUGAUAUUGAUUGGAACAACUUGGGUUUUGGUCUAAGACAAACCGAUUACAUGUACAAGUCUAAAUGCACAAAGAACAACACUUUUGAGCAAGGACAACUAGUUAAUUAUGGAAACUUAGAAUUGAGCCCGGCUGCUGGAGUUUUAAACUACGGCCAGGGACUCUUCGAAGGUACAAAAGCUGUGAGGGGAGAAGACGGUCGCCUUUUGCUUUUUCGACCCGAUCAAAACGCCAUCCGAAUGCAAAUCGGAGCCGAGCGAAUGUGCAUGCAAUCCCCAUCUAUAGAACAGUUUGUAGAUGCAGUUAAACAAACAGCUUUAGCCAAUAAACGUUGGAUUCCACCUCCAGGAAAAGGGUCGCUUUACAUCAGGCCUUUGCUCAUUGGAACUGGGCCUAUAUUGGGCUUAUCUCCUGCUCAUGAGUACACAUUUUUAGUAUAUGCCUCCCCAGUUGGCAACUAUUUCAAGGAAGGUACGGCACCGUUAAACUUAUACGUUAACAACGAGUUUCAUCGUACAACUCGUGGUGGAGCGGGAGGGGUCAAAAGCAUUACAAAUUAUGCCCCGGUAUUGAAACCGUUAUUAAGAGCAAAGGAACAAGGGUUCUCAGAUGUAGUGUACCUUGAUUCGGUCCAUAAAAAGUACAUCGAGGAAGUUAGUUCUUGUAAUAUUUUCAUUGUUAAGGGUGAUGUUAUUUCAACGCCUUCAACGGUAGGUACUAUCCUCGAAGGAAUCACCAGAAAGAGCAUCAUUGAUAUUGCACGUGACUUAGGAUACAAGGUUGAAGAACGUUUAGUUGCAGUAGAUGAAUUGAUGGAAGCCGACGAAGUUUUCACUACUGGAACCGCGGUUACUGUUGCCACUGUUGGUAGCAUAACAUACAAUGGUCGAAGAGUGGCGUAUAGAACAGGUGAUGGGUUGGUGAGUCAGAAUUUAUUCAAAAGGCUAGUAGGAAUUCAAGUUGGGAAAGUUGAAGACAAAUACAACUGGAUAGUUGAUAUUUAAUAAAGAUAUGUGCAAUGGUAAUGUAAUGUUUGAUUUGUAAAAUAAAAAGAAAAAAGUACUUCUCUCUAAUGAUUUUCAGAGUUAAUUAUACAA